AUGGCUUCACUGAUGAUCCUAACGGUCUCGAUGAUGUCCAUGGCAAGUGCUCACGAUCAGGACUUGGAAGCUCCAGCGUUGGAGUCAUCCCUUUUCCGCGAGCUGGCAGAAAGAGGCGAGAUUCACAUCGAUCCUCGAGAACCACCAGUCCGGCGAGACAUGUACUGGCAGAAGCGGCAAGUAGGGGGGGAUAGUGUUGUGCCUACUACGACAGCGGUGGAAUCGACCUCGACAUCAUCACCGUCUUCCGCAGCCGACCCACCGAUGACUUCUGAGAACAGCAGCACGGAAACCGCGACACCUCUAUCGCCAUCCGCCGCAUCGAGCUCGACCGCCAUCUCGCCCUCGAUAACCGUCGUCACGACACCGCUUCCAUCGCCUUUCGACACAUCUAUAGGCAGCAACUUCACCGACUCGGCAUGUCCGCAGUUCUUCUCCGACUUCCUCAACAACGCGACCUUUCAGUCCUGCGUCCCCGUUUCGCUUCUCCUGCAAAACUCCAAUUCCUUCUUCCGCGCGGAACGGUCUCCCACCCUACUCGGCCAAACCCUGGAUUCGGCGUGCAAUGCCCCUUUGGCAAUCUGUUCUCCUCUCCUGACCAACAUCGCGGCGCAGCUGAUCGACGCGGCCAACUGCGGGCAGGACUACAAACGGCAGAACCCGCUCGUGUCACAGGCGUAUGCGGGUCUAAUCGCCUACGAGCCCAUCUACCGCGCCACGUGCCUGCGCGACGCCAACACGGGCAACUACUGCUUCAGCGAAGCCAUCUCCAACUCGUCCAACUCAGCGGACUCGUAUAUCUACUACACCGCACUCGGGCUGAACAUGCCAUCCUCGGCACAGCCCAGCUGCACGCCGUGUCUCAAGCACACGAUGACCAUCUUUGCCGGCUACGUGGAGAACAGUGUCCAGCCUCUCUCCGACACCUAUCUCCCUUCCGCCGAUCAGAUCGACGCGGGCUGUGGCACACAGUUUGUCUCGACGACCAAUGUCAAGACCGGGUCGACAAGUCAUUCCAAUGGUGCGUCGAAUAUCCAGCACCGUCACAACUCGUCUUCCUCCAGAUUCACCGUGGCUCUCGCCGGCCUCGCGGCGCUGUGGUCGAUGGUGCUUUGUUGA